GGGCCGUCAGCGGUAAGGCAGAGCGGUCGGCGGUCGGGAGGCGAAAGGGAGCUGCUGCUGCUGCUGCUGCUGCUGCGCGGGGCCGGGAUGGGCUGCGGCGGGAGCCGCGCCGAUGCCAUCGAGCCGCGCUAUUACGAGAGCUGGACCAGGGAGACCGAGUCCACUUGGCUGACAAACACGGACGCUGCCGAGCCUCAGCAGCAGCCGCUGCCCGCCGCCGGCCCGGAGAGCGGCGACGCCGAUGCCGGCCUGAAGAGCCCCGGAAUUUUGGAGGACAGCAAAUCAACCCAGACCUGCAUGGCAAAAUCUUCAAUUUCAAGUGGCAUGGCUAUUCCCGAAAAAAGAGCUCAUUGUGCUACACAGUGUACAAAACUAUCAACUCACACCACUGGAAAUGUAGCCCAGAAGCCACAAAAUAGCUUUAAAACCUCAGAGGCUAAAUGGGACAAGAAAAGAGCCACAAAAGAAGUUAGUAGUAACACUGCCAAAACAGACAAAUACAAACAAAUAAAUAGCAACAGAAGAGUCGCAAAGAAUGGUAUCAAUUAAGGAAGGACUGAAGAAAGGUGAAUGAAUUCUGCAAUAUCUUGCUGCACUUUACCUGACUGCAUAAUGCAGGGAUCUGGAAUUUCAACGUUGACGUUAUGCUGAAUGUGGCGGACAACUGAUGCUGAGUGCCUUUGGAAAAAUGCUGGACUUUAUUAGCUCUGCAAUUUUGUCACCACUGGAAGCUUGAAUACUUUUUCUUGUCCUAUACUUGAUGAGCUUAGCCAUCAAUUAGGAAGUAACUGGUUUGAUUUUUUACUUUGCCACUAGCUAAGUAACUAACUCAUGGUAACUUAAGUUAAUUUCCUAUGAAGAAAAAUGUAAAUCAAAUGAUCCAGGGACGCUCGAAAAACUUCUCAGAAAUUAGGGCUACAUGCAACAUAAAUUUUUGAGGCAUGAAAGCUGUUCAUUCAUACAAUCAGGUAUUGAUUGAUUGAUUAACUGAUUGGUUCAUUAUGUGCCAUCAAGGUAGUGUGGACUCUUAAGAGACCACAAAGACAAAAAUUUUCCCAGGAUGAUCCCGGCCUGACUCUUCAGCUCUUCCGAUGGUGCACAGUUAUCAUCUAGAUUAAUUCAAUUUUAAUAUUAAAUGUAUAUCAUCUGAAACCAAACUGUGAUCAUAGCAAUCGCUGUGUAAAAAAUAGCACCCUGGGUGAUCCUGUCAUUAAUGUGCUAAGAUAUCGCAAGAGAGUUCUACGGUACUAUUACAGAUAACUUGCUGCUACCUAAAUUAGAUGGCCCAAAAUUGUGUCACUUUUAAUAACUGACAGGUGUAAAAUAUUUAAGAAUGCAGUAUCCUGUUUGGCCAUAUAGGAAGUUUGCACUGGGUUGUUGUGUUAAUGGCACUUGCUCAUUUUUGGGGAAAGUCAAUUCCCUCUGCCAAUGUGCCACAAUGCGGUGUGCACGCCACACAAUGUGCCACACGGGACAAGCCUAAUUCAACUGUCAGUCUCAUUGGCAGCUGUCUAAAGCCAAAAGUGAUUCUUUCUCAAAAAUAAUUCUCACAAAGUUCCCUAGCAUGAAAUGAAAAGGAAGAAUUGCAACAAACUGAAUUAUAUUCAAAGUUGAAAUAACCUGUAUCCACCAACAUUGGGGCGGACAUUUUCUGAUUUUCUAACCAUUUUUCUAUGAUUCAGAACAGGGGUCUCCAACCUUGGCAAUUUGAAGACUUGUGGACUUCAACUCCCAGUUGGGAGUGCUGAGAGUUGAAGUCCACAAGUCUUC